CUGACUAAGUAUCGACAUAGCGGUCCAUCAGCCGUUCGGUUGAUAAUUUGCUCUUCAUGUGUGUCUUUACUGUGGGACAUUGAGCUUUUUAUGACACGGGAAGUGCGUCGUCCUCUAUGUAGGGAUGCUUAUUAAGUAAUUUUGUGCGUCGUUUCCUGCAUUUUCGCAGAUUCACUUUUUCUGGUAAAAACAUACCUUAUCAGCACCCCAUAAGUUUGCUAAGCCUAUCCGAAUAAUUUAAACAGUGUCUGAAAUCACUGCUCAAGAAUACAGGCGUUUCUUUUGUACGAGACACAAUGUUCAUUCGAACUGGGAUCCUGUUAUGUAUUGUAACUCUGAUGGAAGAGCCCUCCGUUGGAAAUUGCCAUGGCAUGAGGGGGCCCCAUCAUCCCAGAGGGAAGAUUGUGACACAUCACCAUUACAGCCCACAUCGCCAAGAAGGAGCGGUCGUCGAAGCCCCGAAGUUGACUCAGGACACAGAUCUGCUGCACGAUACUGAGCACAUUCGUGAGGAUCUUGGCGAAUGGGUCUCUAAGGUGGAUACUCAUAAAAUGACGCCAGAAGAAUUGGAAUUUCAUUACUUCAAGCUACAUGAUUUUGACAAUAAUACUAAAUUGGAUGGGCUGGAGAUCUUACAAGCAAUCCAGCAUACAGUCCAUUAUAAUGAGGAACAGUCAGAAGGUGGGGCCUUUCACGAUCAUCAACAGCAGAUUGAAACACAGAGAGAAAAAAGCACGAAUUUAGACCAAGACGAUUUUGACUAUUUUGUUGAAUUGAUAGACCAAGUACUGGAACAAGAUGAUCUUGACAAAGAUGGCUACCUCAGCUACAUUGAAUACGUUCUGGGCCGAAAGAAGGACGAACAUAAAACACAACCAAAAUACAAGAAGCCAUAAUCCUGUAUGUGGACUCUUGGGAUCUAUGUUCAUUAUGUACAGCUCUAUAAUAUCAAAGAUUCAGUAACUGCAGAAAAAUCAGAAACUCUUAUUAUAAAUAUAAGAUGUAGUCCUGUGGGUGUUCGUGGACGACAUCAAAAAACCAUCUUCUCAAGAACGAUAAGAUGGCACACGUUUAGGCCCCCUCAAGAGAAGUAAUAAGAAAGUGGACACAAACCUACUUGGUUUAUAAAUUCUAAAAAAAAAUUUAAAAGCAAUUACAAAAAUUUUAAUUUAUUAAGAAAGCCGCUGUAGUUGCAAAAACUUCAGAUUUUAUAUCCAAUCCUAUACUAUCAACAUUAUAUGUAUAUUUUAAUGCUCAUAACACAUAUUGUAAUAGUAGCUUCCAACUGUAUUCAUGUCCCUAUGUUGAUGAUCUCUAAAGACUGAAACAUGUAAGGGCAUGAGGAAUUUAAAUAAGAAAAAUCUUCACCAGUCACACUGGACAGAACUGUUUUAACUUUUUAUAAUAUUGUUAGUGUGACGGAUCAGAAUGAAACAAAUCAAAUUUAUCAGAAACUCUAUUUUUAAGUGCCUAUAUUUAGUGACGCGAUGCAUUGACACUACUGGUUCUAAUGUCACAACAUUAAUACAACUUUGGAGCUCAUUCUUCACAUGAAAAUAGUUCCAGUAUGUGAUCUAAUCUCUGUGCAUUAAGUACUAUAUAAAGAUGUCAAACGAAAUUUUUAAGUCACUGUUCCUUCAGUUCCUUUACUACAGCAGCAGUGACUUCUGCUUUCUGUUGUUCAACCAUACGUGAAUUAUCCCUGUUAACACUUUCAUAAAUUACCAUAAGAAAUAAUCACACUGAUUCAAAUGUGGCAAGUAUCAUAGUCAAUAGCAUCCACUAGUAUGACAAUUAGAGAUGAACCAAUUAUAAAAAUGUCUGCUCAAGAAACAGCAACCCACGUUGUCAAAAUAUUGUAAUACUAUGGUGUCAUAUAAAGUUUAUAAAAAUAUGACAAAAGACACAGAAGAUGCAUGUACAACUUCAUUUAUGCCCGCAAGUGAAUUGGGUCUUAAAUGAUCUGAACUGAACCAAAAUCAAAACACCAUGAUGGAAGUUAACAUAAGCCCAAAAUACUGGGGUGAAAAUUAGUCCCAUAGAAUGGACCCUGUCAAAGGCAGACAGGCAGAUGGAAAUGAUUAAAUAAUUUUCAGUUUGCUUUGAUGCUAGUUUUAGGUCACUAUGUAAGCCACCUCUAUUUAUUACAUAAUAAAAAUGUUAUUCCAUAUUUGCAAUUCCCUUAGUAUAAACUAGCAACAUCUACAAAAGUUGGACAAAACUGUUCCAAAAUUUUGGAGAUAUGUUUCGGACCUAAUGAGGAGAAAACUUCAAGCUCUCUGUAAUACUUGAGGUUCUCACAGCAGUGGUUAUUAAGAGUUUUAUCUUCUGGGAUAAAC